ACAUUGUGCAGCAGCACAGAGCUGGAGGGACUGGGCUCGCUCUCUGAUUGGCUGAGCAGCGCUACGUGUACAUCAGUCCGCUCCAGGUAGCUCGCAUGUGACAGUAAUCUGCGCGCGUGUGUGUGUGUGUCUGCUGCUCUCUCCGCUCUUCACUUUACAUGAUGGUGCAUUGAAUGACCGGCUGCAUGCUGGCGAUUUUUCUAUAAAAACUCAGGAGUUGGAAAGUUAUUUUAACGUCCAAGUUACAACUGCGAGAUCUUCCUCGUCAGAGCGAGAAAGGUGAAGGAGGCAGCAGGAUGAAGUCCAAAGGGAAGGCUGUGAAACCCUCCAGGAGGACCUGGUCUGACCCGGAGCCAGAACCAGACACAGAACCAGAACCAGGUUCCAGUGAGCAGGAAGGCUCAGAGGCCUCGGUCCGGAUCGGCGGCUCCUGGAGGGGGUCGCUGAGGGGCGGGAAUGGUAAGCGACAAAGAGGCGGAGGCCGGCGGCGCAGGCAGCACGGCUCCAGCACCAAGGAACGCAGCACCCGCCGACUAGAGAGCAACGAGCGGGAACGCCAGCGCAUGCACAAACUCAACAACGCCUUCCAAGCAUUGCGCGAGGCCAUCCCCCACGUGAACACCGACAAGAAGCUGUCCAAGAUCGAGACACUGACCCUGGCAAAGAAUUAUAUCAAAGCACUAACAACCAUCGUCGUGGACAUGUCGGGGGCCUCCCUGCCCGCUGGCGGGGUCCCGUCAGAGGCCAGCACUGCCAAGCUGCUCCAGUGCUACCAAAAGCACCUGGAGGAGGAUGGGGAGGACGAUCUCACCCAGUACCUCACCCACAUGCACAGCUUCAGCCAGCGCAGCUAACAAUGGCUGCAGACCAGGAGGCUGUCUCCAAGGCAGAGAGGUUUGGGGUGACCUUUCGGGUCAAAUCUCAAACGAUCUCUGGGAUCUGCUCAGAAGUGGUUCUCUGUAGGACAUGGGUUCUCACGACAGUAAACCCAUAGCAGGAGGUGGGCCGUCUCGAAGCUUGCCCUUCAUGCAAAAUGUGGAAUGAUUUGAGGACCAUUCCCCGAGCAGACUCAAAGACCGCAGAUGGAUCGCGGUUGUGAGGAGCGAGAAGACUCAUCCGUUGUUGUACUCAGAAAGAGUUCAUCUUUCGCAACUCUGUUUCUUUCAUUUUCAUUCGCUAAGCGUCGAGCCCGUGCAGGAACUUGUUCUCUUUUGUGUUAUCUUGUGAUCUUCUUGUGUGUUUUUCUGCUGAGAAACCUGCUGGGCGUAUAGCUUCUAGUCAUAACUGUCACAACCAGGGAGAACAGAAAGGCAAGCGGCAGGUCUGAAUAUUGAAAUGUCAAAGCUAGCGAGUGUGUUUGCUCACGACGACACUCUUACAGGUUGUGCACUCAUAGCUGGAAGGCACAGAUAAUAUUUGAAAGUGUGUGUUAUUUUACUUUUUGCUUUGUCUCCACGUGUCUCAUUGCAGGACAUUGUAGUGAAAAAGAUCAGGAGAAACUAUUUGGGGAGUUAUUAUCAAUAAACACAUUUAUUUAUUAA